AUGGUGGCCAGACGGUUCUCUCGCAGCAUUGCAGCGGCCACCUCGGUCUUUGUGAUGUAUUUCUUGGUCAGCAUGACCGGCAAGGCGCUAGGGAUGCUGCUGGUUCCGCUGCGAGACGACUUUGGUGUCGACACGUGGGUCGUCGGCACCGUCUUCGCUCUGGUGGACUCGGUGUCCGAUUUGACAGGCCCUAUAGCGUCAUUUACAGGUAAGAAGUUUGGUAAUCGCCUUGGGACUAUCGCAGGCGGCUGCAUGGUUGUCGCUGGCUUUGUCGUGUCUUCUCUGGCAUCGAAGUUCCUCUACGUUGCGCUGUCGAUCAGUUUCUUUGUUGCCCUAGGUAUCAGCCUUACCCAAGUUCUGACGGUGGUUUCACUCGGUCAGCAUUUCAACAACAACAACAACAGAGGCUUCGCGUUGGCCCUAGGAAUAGGAAAAUCUGCGGUAUCCAUUAGUCUGGUCUGCUCACCGCCUCUGAUCAAGCUAUUCAUUGACACUUACGGGUGGCGGGCAACGAUGCUGCUCCAAGGCUCCAUUUGCGCCCACUACGUCGUCUCCGGCGUCCUCCUUGGCAACCCAUCACAGGAGGGCGUGCCUGAUGGCACCAGACCUGAUUACGAACGUCUCCCAGACGACUGCCCGUCUUGCGAUUCCAACGAGGGAAAAUGCGUCUCAACUCUGAGAGCCUUGGGCCGGAAAAUGGGCCGAGCUUUGGACUGGUCUCCGAUGACAGAAAGCGACUUCUGGAUGAUCACCGUCAUCCUCGUGAUGUGUAAAACCAACAAGAAUGCUUGGAUCAUAUACUUUGUGCCGGCUGCCCUGCGCAAGGGGUUUACGCUGGAGUCGGCGGCUGUGAUGGUGACCGUAGCUGGUAUCGGUGGCUUGGCCGGAACAUUCCUCGCCAGUUUUGUAGUUUAUACAGAGAAGUUGACAACCACGGCCGCUACAGUGGUCGCCACUAUCUUGGCUGCUCUGCCCCACAUCGUCAACUGCUGGAUGGUGACGGAUUGGCUGCUGAUGGCCAAUGCCUUUGUUCUCCUAACGGGCGUGGGAGCGGUCUUCACGCUGGUCGCGGUGAUGUUGAAAGAGUACUUGGGACAAGACAGGCUCGCCCAGGCCAUGGGCUGGUCCAACUUCUUUGCCGGCUUAUUCAGGUGUCUCGGGGGAUUUAUUCCCGGUUUUGUGUAUGAUCACACUGGCAGCUAUGACUUCGGUUUCGCCGUCAUCGGGAUCUUGCAGUUGAUUGUGAUGGUUCCUCUUCUGUUGAAAAGUUUGCGUAGCUGCCGCUAG